CCACGAAAGCGAGAGUUGAAAGGAGCAACCGCCCACCCGACUCCUCCUCCCCCGGCCGAGUCCACCCCUCCUCUCCUCUCCUCCCUCCGCCCGCCGACACACGCGCAACGCGCGGCGCCGAACUCACCAGCCCCACCUCACCCUCCUCGUCUCUCUCGCCCCGCCGGCCGACGGAUUCCCGGCCACCAAGCUCGCCUCCCGCGAGAUCCCGCAGCAAUGGAGGUGAGGACAGUAAAAGUUGGCAAUAUUUCAUUGAGUGCCUCAAAAAGGGAGAUCACAGAGUUCUUUUCUUUCUCUGGUGAUAUAGAAUAUGUUGAAAUGCAAAGUGAAACUGAUUGGUCACAACUUGCAUACGUCACAUUUAAGGACUCACAAGGAGCAGACACUGCUGUGCUUCUCUCAGGAGCAACGAUUGUUGAUCUUUCUGUCAUCAUAACUCCAGUUGAGAACUAUCAGUUGCCUCCUGAAGCCCACAAACAAUUACCGGGAGAGAAUUCUCCCUCUGCUGAAUCUGCAGUCAGGAAGGCGGAGGAUGUUGUGAGCAGCAUGAUGGCCAAGGGUUUUGUCCUCAGCAAGGACGCACUCAACAUGGCAAGGUCUUUCGACGAGCGUCACAACAUCAUGUCCACCGCCACCGCCACUGUCGUGUCUCUAGAUCACCAGUACGGCCUGAGCGAGAAGAUCAGCCUGGGCCGGGCGGUCGUCGGCAGCAAGGUCAAGGAGGUGGACGAGCGGUACCAGGUGUCGGAGCUCACAAGGUCCGCCCUGGCCGCUGCCGAGCAGAAGGCCAGCGUCGCAGGCUCGGCUCUCAUGGGCAACCAGUACGUCUCAGCCGGCGCCUCCUGGCUUACCAGCGCGUUCGGCAUGGUGACCAAAGCGGCGGGCGACAUGGGCUCCAUGGCCAAGGACAAGGUCGACAAGGCCGAGGAGGAGAGGAAGGCCAUCAUGUGGGAAGAGAGGAACGGGCUGGUGAGCGAGUACGCGAAGAUCCAUCUGGACGAGCACUCCUCGUGGGAGCCUGCGGUUCUUCCCGUGGAAUCGAUGGACGAGCAGAAGCUCCAGGCCGUGUGACGAUGAGAUCUGAACAAACGGAACGGUAGCCGCUUCGACUGGUGUGUGUCAUUCGUUGAUUGUUACUUGUUGGAUAUAUACAGAGAUCCUUUUUUUCGCCGCUGCGCUGGAGCAAAAACAGGGUGUUGUCUGUCUAUCGGCGCCUACAGUGUGAUGUAAAUUUUAGAGUGAUGCGCUUGUGUUCCUGUCAGCUUUGUUAUACCGCUAGAGCCACUGAAAGGGUUUUUUUCUUCUUGUUUUCUGCUACCAUAGAAUGCAACUCUACUCGUUGGAUGUAAUUUACCUGACGCUGUGGGAAUUGAAGUUGCUUUUUCUGUUCA